AUGAUCGACCAUCCAGAUCAACUAGCUUAUCUUCACCAAUUCCACGAGGUCGCCGGCCUCCCCGCUGGUGUCUUCCUCAAAGUCGACACGGGAUACCACCGAGCCGGUGUCCCGCCAGACAUGCUUAACAAAAACGGACUACUUGAGAAAGUCCUACUGGAAGAGAGACUAGGCCACGCGCGCCUGAUCGGGGUCUACUCGCACAGCAGCUUGAGCUACGCAGCCACUAGCCCCGAAGCAGCCGUAUCUUACCUGAAAACGGAGAUUGAGGGGUGCGGACGGGCGCUGCACCAGCAUGCUUCCAUCCUGCCGGAUAGGGAGUUGGUUAUCAGCGUGGGCGCAACGCCGCAGGUUGUCUCGGCGCGGAGUCUACUGCAGGAAGAGUCCUUGUCCCCUGAUGCAAGGGCGUUGAACAGCCUUUUGCGGGAUCCUAGUGCGCACAUGGGGGGUAGGGUUAGGGUAGAGUUGCAUGCGGGAGUGUAUACUCUCCUCGAUAUGCAACAGCUCGCAACGAAUGCGCAGAGCUGGGGUAGCUUUGAGGAGGAAAUCGCCAUCUCGGUGAUUGCGGAAGUGUGCAGCGUGUAUAACGAGGGGGAGCGGGAUAAGCCCGAGGCGCUGGUGGCGGCGGGGACUCUGGCUCUAGGCAGGGAACCGUGCAAGUCAUAUCCCGGCUGGGCAGUCGUCGGGAACUGGAGGCGCGAAAGUCAACGUGGUGGCUCGCAUUCGCGUCUGAUUGUCGAGCGGAUCAGUCAGGAGCAUGGGAUUGUCGCAUGGGAAGGUGGUGGUGGGCCCGCAAUCCCGGUGCGGGUUGGCCAGGCUGUGAGACUGUAUCCAAACCAUGCGUGUGUGACUGGGGCGUUGUAUGGGUGGUAUUUGGUUGUUGAUUCCAAUGAGGAUGGGGAGGGAUCAACGAUUGUGGAUGUCUGGACGAGAACAACUGGAUGGUAG